UUUUCUCCUUCCUGACUUCCUAGCAUCCCGGCAAAGUGAACGCGGAGGUUUGUGUGUGUACUCCGGCAGCGGCUGAUCUUGUGCUCGCGACUCCUUCGGCAGCUUCCUUCAACUCCCGGGGCCCCUUAGCUUCUGGCCACAAGUUCCCAAGUGACAGAACCAUGGCCGAUCGGGGGGAACUCGACCUGACUGGGGCCAAGCAGAACACUGGAGUGUGGCUGGUCAAGGUUCCUAAAUAUUUGUCACAGCAGUGGGCUAAAGCUCCUGGAAGAGGUGAAGUUGGGAAAUUGCGGAUUGCCAAGAAUCAAGGAAGGACUGAGGUGUCAUUUACUUUGAAUGAAGAGCUUGCAAAUAUUCAUGAUAUUGGAGGAAAACCAGCUUCAGUCAGUACUCCAAGAGAACAUCCAUUAGCCUUGCAGAGUGUUGGAGGACAGACAUUGACAGUAUUUACUGAGAGCUCACCAGAUAAGCUUUCGUUGGAAGGAAUAGUGGUACAGAGAGCUGAAUGCCGGCCUGCUGCCAGUGAAAGCUACAUGAGAUUAAAGAGAUUGCAAAUAGAAGAAUCUUCCAAACCUGUAAGGCUAUCACAGCAGCUGGACAAGGUGGUGACAACCAAUUACAAGCCUGUUGCUAAUCAUCAAUACAAUAUCGAAUAUGAAAGGAAAAAGAAAGAAGAUGGGAAACGAGCUCGUGCUGAUAAGCAAUAUGUUUUAGACAUGCUGUUUUCUGCUUUUGAGAAGCAUCAAUAUUACAAUCUUAAGGACUUGGUGGACAUCACAAAACAGCCUGUGGGUUACCUGAAGGAAAUCUUGAAAGAAAUUGGCAUUCAGAAUGUAAAAGGGAUCCACAAAAACACCUGGGAGCUGAAACCAGAGUACAGGCAUUAUCAAACGGAAGAGAAGAGUGAUUGAGGAACACCACAGGCUUCAGGGCAUAUGUGUCUGACCAGACACGGUCACUGGGACUUUCAUUCUCCAGGCUGAAUUUUUUGAACUAAUUGUUCUUGGAAAGUUUCUUGAGUGUUUGUUUGUUUGUUUGUUUGUUUGUUUAAGGAAAAAUUGAAUUUGGGGCCAGAGCAAUAGUACACCGGGUAGAGCAUUGGCCUUGCACAUGGCCUACCCAGAUUCAAUCCCCAGCACUACACUAUAGUUCCCUGAGCACUUCCAGGAGUAAUUCCUGAGUGAAGAACCAGGAGUAAGCCCUGAGUACAGCCUGGGAUGGCUCCCCAGAAACCAAAUAUUGAAAAAGCAAAUAUAUUUAUAGAACUGAACUAGAUUAUUUACAGUGGAGUUAGGAGUUGGACAUUUUUUAAUUUUAAACUAUUUACUUUCUAACUCAUAAAAUUAGGAAACCUUUUCUAAAUGAAGUUUCCCCAUCUGCUUCAUCUCUGAAGGGCUGAGGUUGUUGGUCUUAACAAAGUGAACAGCACAGUAAGAAAAUUGUAGUCAGUUGAAGGCACUCAGAAGGCUCCUUAUUUUGAAAUUGUCCAAGAACAAGGCUUUUGGUGGAUUGGUUUAAUAGGUGAUCAUGUUUGACAUUCAUAUCCAUUAGCAAGAGAACAUUUAUGUUUGUACUGAGAGUAUUUUCCACAAAUAGUUGAUCAUACCAU